AUGAUUAUAUAUAGUGUCGUCAUUUUAUCAGAAACUAUUAUUGUUCUUAAAGCAGAUCUAUAUGGUAUCGCUAGUCUUACAGACAAAGAAUUAAUUGGAUGUCCAUUUCUAGAUUAUUAUUGUGGUAUUCGAUAUGAAAAAAUUCUUGGACUUUCUUAUACGGUUAUGAAUAUUUUCGUUUUUCCUAUUACUUUACUAACCAUAAUUUAUGCACGUUUUUUGCAUUUUAUUCGUCAUCAGGCUCCUCAAUUAUCACAAGAACGACAACGAAGAAGGGCCCAACGUGAUCUUAUGAUCACUCGUCGUAUUUUAUUUACUGUCAUUGCUCUUACUUUGCCCGGAACAUUGAAUAUCACUUUUGUUAUCAUGACAAAUAUUGAUGUUCGUUUUUCAGGUUCUUUUUAUAUGUAUAGAAUUCAAUGGAUGGGUCCAGCAAUAACUUUAUUCAUACUCAGUAUUGGAAUUGUAUUUAUUACUCCACAAAUCAAACAAAUACUUGUCAAGUUAAAAUUUUGUAGAAAUCAAGUAGCACCGAUACAAACAACACAGCAAGAAUUACAACAACCUUCUAUUUUUCUGCCAACACAAAUUAACACUAAAACUACAGACUGA